AUGAUAAAAAUAGCUAAAUUAUUAUCAAAAUCACCAUAAUAAUUAAAACAAACAUAUUUACUUAAUCAUAAGCCACAAUUUCAAUAUGGAUAAGUAGAUCGAUUUUUAGAUAGACUAUAAAUGCCUCUUUACUUUUACUUAAUAGGAAUAAAUGUUGGUGUAUAUGCAUUAUGGCAUUUUCCUGCAGUUGAUAAAGUAAAUGUUUAUUAAAUAUAGAUUAGAAUUUUAUGUUUAAGCAUUUUACUCUUCAUCCAGGAUCUAUGAGUCUAAGAGAAUUGCAUACAUUUAUAACAUAUUCAUUUUCUCAUUAGAAUACAUUACAUUUAUGUAAAAAUUCUAGAAAUUUUAAGUAUUUAAUAUGGUGACUUUUUACUUCUUUGGAAGGACAAUAGAAGCAUAUUUUGGAUCAAAAAGAUUAUUAGCAAUAUAUAUGGCAGGAGCAUUAGUAGGAGGAUUAAUGUAAUAAAGAUAAGCAGGGAUAUCAUUAGGUGCAAGCGCUGCAUGCAAUGCAUUAUUAACAUAUUAUAUUUGCAAUUUUCCAAGAGAAAUAAUAUUAUUGUUCUUUAUUCCUGUACCAGCAUGGAUAGUGGGAUUAUUAAUAUUAUAUUAAGGUUGGUCAGGAUAAGGUGAUGGAAGUGGUAUUGGUCAUGAUGCUCAUUUGGGCGGUUGUUUGGCUGGAUUGGCAUUUUACUUUGCUACAAGAGGGAAAAUAUGAU